CAUGUUGGUGCUGGAGGAUGUUGAGCAACUCUCCUUUGCCCAGCUGGAAAUGAAGCUUAAACAGGAUCUGGCUCACCUGGGACCGCAUGUUUUCAGCGUGGACCUGUGCAGGGUUUUAAGGACCACGCUGAAGGGAGUGACUCAGGAGUCCAGCCGUAAUUUACUCCUGUCUCAGUGGCUCGGGCCUGGUGCACAUGCUUCUGUGCAUGUCAAUCUGACCGAUCUGGCUGAAACCUGGAAAAAGCCAGGCAAGAACUACGGGAUGCAUGUUGAGUUGCAGCACACAUGCUUGAGCACCAUGAUUCAAGAGCAUGCAUAUGAGGAAAGCACACAUUCACAUCUCCAAAUUGCUCGGAUGCCAGAGUUGUGCACAUCUCUGGUGGUGGUGUCAUUGAAUCCGUUUCAAUGAAGGUCCAGAAGAAAGUGAAGCGCGAUGUAUUACUUGCCUGUGACGCCCAGUAACGUGUGCAAACCCAGAAGGCUCUACAUUGACUUCAAAGACGUGGGCUGGCAGGACUGCAUCAUUACACCUCAGGGAUAUUACUGCCACAGAGAGUGUACUUUCCCUCUGAGUGAAAGUUUGAAUGGGACAAACUACGCCAUCAUGCAGACACUGGUCCAUUCGUUUGAUCCUAAAGGGACGUCUCAGCCCUGCUGCGUUCCCAUUAAACCGUCCCCCAUCUCCAUGCUGUAUUAUGACAAUAAUGAUAAUGUGGUUCUGA